GCAUCAAAUUUUGGAGAGGUGGCACUUGUGUUUCUCUCUUUUCUCUCUCUCUGACCUGACCCUUUCUUCUUCUACUUGUUCUUCUUGUUGUGUGGCAGUGCCUCACUCACUCACUCACCCUCUUUCUUUCUUUCUCCGACAAUGGGAAAAGGUGGAUCUCUGAGCGAUGGCGUCGUGAAGAAGAUCAUCCUCUCUUACACCUACGUAGCCAUAUGGAUCUUCCUGAGUUUCACCGUCAUCGUUUACAACAAGUACAUCCUCGACAAGAAGAUGUACAACUGGCCUUUCCCAAUCUCCCUAACCAUGAUCCACAUGUCCUUCUGUGCCACCCUCGCUAUUCUCGUCGUGCGCGUCUUCCACCUCGUAGAACCAGUUUCCAUGUCGCGUGAUGUCUACCUCUCUUCGGUGGUCCCCAUCGGCGCUCUCUAUUCGCUUUCUCUCUGGCUCUCUAACUCAGCCUACAUCUAUCUUUCCGUCUCCUUCAUCCAAAUGCUCAAGGCCCUCAUGCCCGUUGCCGUUUACUCCAUUGGGGUCAUCCUUAAAAAAGAGAAUUACAAAAACGACACCAUGUGUAACAUGCUCUCGAUCUCGCUCGGCGUCGCCGUUGCCGCUUAUGGCGAGGCGAGGUUUGACACAUGGGGUGUCAUCCUCCAACUGGGUGCCGUCGCUUUCGAGGCUACGAGGUUGGUCAUGAUCCAAAUCUUGCUUACCUCGAAAGGGAUCUCGCUUAACCCCAUUACAUCCUUGUACUACGUUGCACCUUGUUGUCUGGUGUUCUUGUCGGUGCCGUGGAUCUUUGUGGAGUACCCUGUGUUGAAGGAGACUUCGAGCUUUCACUUUGAUUUCGUGAUAUUUGGGACGAAUUCUCUGUGCGCGUUCGCAUUGAAUCUGGCCGUGUUCCUUCUGGUUGGAAAGACAUCUGCUUUGACAAUGAAUGUGGCUGGGGUGGUGAAAGAUUGGCUCUUGAUUGCGUUCUCUUGGUCGGUUAUUAAGGACACAGUCACGCCACUCAAUUUGUUUGGGUAUGGUCUUGCCUUCUUGGGCGUCGCAUAUUACAACCAUUCAAAGUUGCAGGCUCUUAAGGCCAAGGAGGCACAGAAGAAACCUGAGCAGCCUGAUGAGGAGACAGGGAGGUUGCUCCAGGACAGAGAAGGAGAUGCCAUCGGCAAGAGGAACGACCAGCAGAAUUGAUUUUAUUUUAUUUUAUUUAAUUUCCUAGUUUACAAAGAUUCAAGAAUGGAGGAAACAAAAGAAAACCAAAAAAAAAAAAAAAAAGAGUAUUAAAAAAUAAAACGAGGAGGAAGAGCAAUCUGGAUUUUGGAUGCAAAAAAGGAAUUGGCGUUCUCAGGACAAAUUACUGAUUCGGUAUGUGUAGUUUUCUUGAUCCUCCCGGUGAUUACUGUUAUCAGGGAUUUGAGAUCUGCAUUUGUUGCCUAUGGAGCCUAUUACAUGUGUUACUAGAGUAAGAGUCUCAAAUCCUUUAUUUAUUACUAUUUUUUUUUUCUUCCCCAUUCCCCCUUUUCGGUGCUUAGUUUUAUGUAAUGUUGUUGUAGGGACUCAAUUU